AUUAGAUAUCCAACAUCUUUAUCAAUAUGAGAGUCACAAAAGUACUAGUCAUAUUGAUGGUGUCAAUUUAUGGAGUUUUUGGGGCAGUUCUGCCAGAUUCGUCAGAAUCUGUUUAUGAUGGAUCAAUGGAAUUAGCCGAGGGUGUAUAUUUAGAAUGGAAAGUAGAAGGAGACUUUAUACUUUUAAGGCUCGACUACAUGGCGACAGGAUGGAUUGGCAUUGGAUUUCCUAAAACUACGAAGGCACACGGCAUGAAAGACUCUGAUAUCAUAAUGGGAUGGGUGAAUAACAAUAAAGGAUAUGUUUUGGACGCAUACGCAAAGAAGAACGGAGUUCCAGAAGUAGAUUCCACCUCUGAUGUUGAGAUCAUCAGUGCAAAAGAAGAAGGGGGUUUCACAACCAUGGUUUUCAAGAGACCAAUCGUUGCAAUAAAUAAAGAUGACGUCACAAUUGAGAAAGGCGAGAUUGCAAUUAUUUGGGCGUAUGGAAACAUAGGUAGUUUGAGUGAAACUAUUUCGGGCGCUGAACACCACUCACAAAGAGGUCAGGCAAGAAUAGCUUUGAUACCUGCGGAGAACAAAGUACGUCCUCGAGGCAAAAUACCGAUAAUUGAAACUCCCCUUGAUCCAAAUACUCCAACAAGCGUCCAGAAGCAAAAAAGUGUGACACCAAAUGAACACGGUAAGGUCAACACACCAGUGUCCCCAAAUAAACCUGGCAAACCUAUGUCCCCAAUUACCCCAGGAGAACCAAAGACACGAGGAGGAAUUGCGAGAAGCAGCAAAAAUAUAUAUAUAACUACCCCAAAUGAGGAGAGCAAACAAGAAAAAGACACAACUGAAAAUCAAGAAAAGAAGAAUGCCACUGAAAUUAUUCCAAGUGAGUCAGAUAAUGUCAAUUCUGCAACAACACCCGGUGGAUAUGACAAGACAGUAAGUCCACGCAAACCCAACAAACAUUCCUCGAGUAAAACAAGCACUCCCGUAUUAUCAGAAAUCCAAACCAAAACUGCUAAAGGAAAGUCAAACAAACCUAAAUCACCGAUGCCGCCAAAUAAAACCGACAAACACAAAUCACAUAAAAGUCCCGGAAAAGCUGCCAAAUCGCCAAUGACACCAAGCAACAAAGAUGCUUUGAAAGGUAAACCAGAAUCAGCAAUGACUCUAAUUGAUCUCGACAAACCCAAAUCCCCAAUGACUCCGGAUGGACCCACCAAAUCUAAAUCGAAGAAGACACCAAGAAACAAAGAUGCUUCAAAAGGUAAACCAGAAUCAGCAAUGACUCCAACUGAUCUUGACACGCCCAAAUCCCCAAUGACUCCCGGUAAACCCACAAAAACAAAUUCGCCAUUGCCCUCAAGUGAAUCAUCAACCCCGGGUGUACCCACCAAAUCUAAAUCGAAGAAGACACCAAGAAACGAAGAUGCUUCAAAAAGUGAACCAGAAUCAGCAAUGACUCCAACAGAUCCAGUUGAGCCUGAAUCAUCAAUACCCCCGAGUGAACCAAUUGAAUCUGAACUGCCAGUAACACCAAAUGAAUCCGUUGAAAGCGAAUCCCAAACAUAUCCAAGCGAUUCCCAACUCGAAGAAUCGCAAUCGCCAGCACAAUCAGGCGGGUAUUUCAGAUCUAAAAAACUGGAAACACCAACACCCCAGAUACAACGUCACAUGAUACUCAGGGGAGGAUAUAGAGGUCUUGAUCAAAUGUAUGAUGACGCAAUGUCAAAAUCUACCAUUUUAGACGCCGAACGAAAUAUAAAGUUUAGUUGGAAUUACAAUGAUGAAUAUAUUGUAUUCGAGGUCUCGAUACCAACUCGCGGUUGGAUUGGUGUAGGUUUCGCGCCAGGACCGAAUAUGGCGGGUGCAGACAUCUUUAUUGCGGGAAUAAGAAGGAAUGGAGUAUACGCUUCGGACGCGUUCGCGUAUAAAAAUGGAAAACCGUCGAUUGACGAAUCUCAAGAUGUCCAAGUUUUAAGAUAUCUGGAAAAAGAAGGAUUCACCACUGUUAUGUUUGCAAGGAAAAUUGAUACUACCGAUGAAAUGGAUUUAAAGAUUGAUGGCACAAGCAAAUAUGUUAUUUGGGCUUACGGGCGAGCUGAUAUGGCGCUAAAGCCUAGGGAAUUUUACCACGGUAUGAAUAGAGGUGCAAAAAUGCUGAAUCUCACUGAUGGGUCUGGCGGACUUCCGACAAACUUUCCAAUGGCGCCACUGUCUACCGUUCCAGGAAGAAUAAAAUGAAUUUAAUUUUGAAACGAAUUACUGUACUAUAGUGUAUGUUUUAAUCGCAAUGUAAAUAUAUCGUUUUUUCUAGUAAAAAAAUAUAUUAUUGCUAAAUCAAACAUGUACAAA